AUGUCGGCCACUCAACCACCAAAAACGAGAAGAGUAGCAAUCAUCGGUGCUGGCCCAGCAGGCCUUUCAGCGACCCACCAACUACUCUCUCUAUCCUCCACUUGCGCAUCCAGGACCUUUGAUGUGACACUCUUCGAUAGGCGCCAGAAUCACAGUGGGGUUUGGACUUACGAUCCAGAGCCAGGCGAUUGUGUAAUCCGCUAUGAUUCGUCUGGUAGAGCAUAUCCUUUAUGGUCUGCCUCCCUCGAGCACGGUUUGCGGGGGGAAGCCUUUUGUUCACCGGGGGUCAUGUAUGAUGGGCUUAGAACAAACCUUCCGUGUGAUAUUAUGGCUUAUCGUUCUUUUCCCUAUCCUGCUUCCACUCCGCUGUUUCCUUCUAGGGCUCAAGUUGAGGCAUACAUCGGUUCUUUUGCUUCUUCCGUGCUCGAGGGUAGGGAGGUUGAUGUGAGAUUGAACACAGCAGUCAGUGACGUUAGAAGGGUAGCAUACGAAAGGAUAGAGGACAAGAUCGGUUGGGGUAGCAUGUGGAGUGUCAAAAGUAUAGACAUACAAUCGGGCAAGGAAACAGUCGAGGCAUUUGAGAACGUUGUGGUUGCAAGUGGAAGGUGUAGUACGCCAAAUAUACCUUACAUAAAAGGCUUAAACACGUUCAAGGGGGUCAUUUUGCAUAGUGCUUGGUGGAGGUCUCCUCUUCCGUAUGAAGGGAAAAAGGUGUUGGUUGUUGGCAACUCUAGUUCGGGUAGUGAUAUUGCUAGAGAGCUGGCAGGAUAUCUUUUGCGCAUUCUACCCGAAGGAGAAGCAGCAACGCAAUCGUAUAUCCAACGUUGUAGUGCGGGGAAGAAGGGAAAGGAGAGCAGGAGGGUGCUGCAUUCGUACGAACACUUCCAUAAACCACCGCCACUAGAUUAUGAUCCCCGCGAAGAAGAGAGUCCCGAUUGGGCAAAGAGGAUAACGGUUGUGCCGAGCAUAGAGAGCAUAGAUCAAGAGCGCAAGGUGGUUUUUAAGGAUGACAAGGCGCAGUGGAGUGAGGAUGGGAUUGAGGUGAUCAUUUUUGCUACUGGUUAUAGUUACGAUUUUCCUUAUCUCCCCCAGGACCAACCGCCCUUCGAUAAGAAACCGCUCAUCCCUCUACCUCCGAACGCAUGGGAGAAGAGCGGGGAAGAAGGGGGAGACUACAUCCCACCAUCACACACCGCACCGUUCCUGACGAAUUUGGACGAUUGGUCGCUAUUCUAUGCGCCAGACCCCUCAAUAUGCGUCCUUGGUGCGCCGAUCAGGAUCGUUCCCAUGCCCCUAACACAUGUUCAAUCUCGUAUUGUUGCGGCGUGCUGGGCUGGAGAGGUAGCACCCUGGCGAGGUUCGACUGGUCUGCCUAGAUUGGAUCCAACAGUGCCAAGUACGGAUGCGAAGAAAUGGUCAAGUGUGGUGGGAAAAGGUGAGGAAGGAGGCAAUAAGACCAGUGAUUUAGCGUUUCCGAGCGACAGUGCUUAUCAAGAUGCGCUGCUCAGCCUUCUACCACAAUACUUGAGGGAAAAGGGGGAGGAUGAGAUGGUGAAGGUGCCGGAAGCUACAGAGGAAGUGGAAGCCGGAGGGGAAACCGGAGGGGAAACCGGAGGGAAAGAGAUUGGGCAAAGUCGAAGGCCAGUAGUUGCCGAGGAUGAAGGAUGGAGUAGAAUGGCAGAUUUCAGAAAUCAACGGAGGGCUGAUACUAAGCGCUUGCGCCGACUUUUGCUCGGAUACUAG